GGCUGCGCGCCCCCGCGGACGUGCACAGCCGCACGGCUUCCCCGCUAGGGCGCUGCGAAGGAAGACUGGCGGCCUCGUCACGUGUCCUCGGCGAUCCAGAAACAGCCCAAAUCUUGGACUUUUAGCUUUGUUCCGAGGCAAGCCUGAACCAACCCCGAGCUUUUUUCUGCAUCCUCAGGGCCCUGUGGUUCCAGUGGUAAAGAGUCUCUUCAAAAUAUAAGAGGAAUAAAGAAGUCACCUCCCCACCUUUCAUCAUCUAACAAAUUGAGCAAGAAUAUUUCAAGCACAACAGAGAAGACAGCGCGAGCAACCCUAGAUGAUGACCAGCCCUGUGAUUUUUUCAAGAAAGGGAAUAGGGUGAGUGAAUCUCACCAGAAUAGCAGCAGCAUGGAAGCCGGCCGGUCUUGGAAUAAAGUGCCACGUUGGAAGAAUUCUUCAGGGAAAAGGCAGAGCGAGUCCGGAAGCCUCUCUGCUCCUUCCAGGCCAAAGGGCAGCCUCCCCCGCCUCUCCCCUCUGGCUGGGGAGGAGCUUGGCGAAUGCAUUUCCCCAGAAGGUAAAGCCGAAAGGAGUCGUCGGGGGGCCGGCUGUCGGGGAGCCUCGGGGAACAAGCUGCUGCUGGACUUCCAGUCGCUGAGGCUCAUGAAAGAGGACUCAGAGGAGGACAGCGCCAGCGACCUCUCGGACUCGGAGCGGGUCCCUGUCCCCCCUUCCCCACGCUCACCUCCAGACCUACAUCUGCGUGCCGAGGAAAUCGACCCGGUCUACUUCGACCUUGACCUUCAACCAGGCCAGGGUCACGCCAGGCCGGAAUACUACUACCCCGACUUCCUCCCGUCACCUUGCAACUCCUGGGACUUGCGGGACAUGGCUGUGCUCGCCAACACGGAGCACAGGCCGGUCCCUGGGCCCCGAGCAGGAGGGCUUCUGGGGAAGUACGUGCAGCGGCUGGUGCAGCUCGAGUGGCUGCAAAUCCUGACUGUCCAGGGCGAGAGAGCACGGGCAGCCAAAGCCCGGCUGUCCCCCGCGCCCGGGACCUUGCCUGGGCCCGCGGGGCCUCUGAAGAGCCCAGGGAGAAGCAAGCCCCUGGGCAGCGCUGGGUCCAAGCCCCGCCAGGACGGCGCCCCCAGGUCGGGCUCUUCUCGGAAGAAAGGUGCUCCCCACGAGGGCCACCCGACCUACUGCUGGCUGGAGACAUCCGCUAAGUCCCCGGAUGUGCCUGUGCCGGGCCCCAGCAGGUUGUGCCCUCAGAAGCAUGCCCUGGGCACUCGGGAAGAAGAGAAGAGGAGCGGCAGGAGCCCGCGGCCGCGCUCCGACCUGGCCAGCAGCAACAGCAGCCGCCGGCUGGAAAGCAGCAGUAAUCUCCGCGGCCCGGCGCCCCCCGGGAGCCUGGACACAGCAGACCCCCCCAAGGCCUCCAGAAUGCAAGCACACGCAAAUCCGAGGAAAAAGGGUAGCGCAGAUAACUGUGGUCAGGCCUCCCUGGCCGGUGAGAAAAAACUCAAAACAAAUGGAGGAAAGCAAAACCCACGCAAAUUCAAAUAACAUCCGAGAUGGUGAACUGCGAAGACCCGCAGAACCCUGAAUAUGGAGGCCCCCCGAGAGUGACAGGAUGUGAAUGUCAAGAAACAGUAUGACUGCCACUUCGGGGCGCCUGGUUCUUCAGUACCCCUUCCGGUGUGCUCCUACCAAAGGCGUCUUGGGAAGCCUUCCUUCAUGUCGAUAAUCUUAAGCAAAUGAUAGCCAUUGGAUAGAACUGACCCAGGUCUGUGCCAUGACAAGGAGCGAAGUGACAUCUCCCCGAGGAGAGGUAACGGAGCCGGUGGGCAGCUGAGGAGAGCAGAGCCAGAUGUUGAGCUGCACUUGCCCUUCAUGAGAACAGUGCCCGCAGUCUAACACUGCCCGGCAGCAGUGUCCUAGGUGGUCAGUGCCAGACGUUAGUGUCCGAGAUGGUCAGGGCACUCUCUUUUGUCCCCAGCAUGAGCCAGCCAAGCAGAAGCUCGGUCCAACUCAGUCGAUUGGGGAGCAUGGAUUUUGAGCAAAAUCAUUUAUUACAAAGCCACCUGCUAUACAGAGACCACAGAAUCUAGUGUUUUCAUAUAUUUUCCUGGACAUUAGUUUUAAAAAAGCAACAUCUUAAAUUUGUGUUCUCUAAGGUGGGUGGGAGGUCUGUGAGUGAGCGUGACAUGCUGUGUGGAGAGCCAGCAUGGGAUAUGUGGCACCCCAACCCUGAAGAGGCGCCACGGGGUAAGAGUUUGUGGACGAAGGGCCUAUGAGCUGGAAACGCAUGGAACCACUUGGAGUGUAACAGCUAUUACAGUACUAAUUUGGGGCCCAGAUCCUGCUGUCUGACCUCAAAGUAAUGAUCUUUUUAGUUCACAAGAGCAGGAUUUCAGAACCUUGCUCAGGUGGGGGCAGAGUGGGCAGUGGGUGAGGGUGGAGGUCCUGGCAACCUUACUGGCCCCGUGGCUGCUGACAUCUGAGGCUUCUUGCUUCACUGCAGUUCCGCCUCAUCCAUGUGUCCCUGGACUGUGCCGUGAGGUCCUGCUGAUGUUUGUGGGAAUAGCUCUCAAACCUUUGUUUGACUACUUUUUGCUGUACAGUAUGUUUUCAAAUUUACCUUUAAAAUUUUUUAUUGUUGACACUAUUACAGAUGUCCCCAUUCCCCUCAUCCUUUGCCCACUUCCGCCCUGCCCCCUCCCCCUUCCCUCUGGCCAUCACCACGCUGUUGCCUGUGUCUAUGAGUUAUGCGGAAGUUAUAGCCUCAGUUAUACGUGUUCUGAGGCUAAGCCCUUCACAUUCUCUCAUCCAGUCCCCCUCCUCCUCCUCCUUCUCCCCUCCAACAACUGUCAGUCUGUUCAUGUAUCCAUGCCUCUGUUUCUAUUUUGUCAGUUUAUCUUGCUCAUUAGAUCCCACAUAGGAGUGAGAUCAUAUAGUAUUUGUCUUUCUCUGACUGGUUUAUUUCACUUUAGUCUAAUACUGUGCAUGUAUGUUUAAUGAUGGUAGCUGAUUUUAACCCUUUAAAAGAAUAUUCUGUUUACAUGUUUCUAUGUUUUCACCUUUGGGGCAGAUGAAAAAUGUGGCUCUCUCAUUUGAAAAUAUCUAAUAGUUUGCAGACUUUUCCCUUAGCAGUCAAUGUCAGCUAAGGUGUUUUCUAAGUUAACAGCAUAAGGACAAAAUACACAUAAUUAAAAUAAGAGGCAAAUGUUAAAUAUUAAGAUCCUGUUUUAAAUCUGAUUUGUCAUACUAAAUAACAGAUAAAAUUUUUAUGAUAGGUUUUUUUUCUUCCCAGACUUUAUUUUCACAUAUUUCCAGAUCCUCUCUUAUAUUCUUUACCCCCCCCCCACCCCCCGAGAAAGGCAAGCUCUUACCUGAGAUCUUACACCGUUUUACACAGACAUGCCGUACACAUUACUUCCCCAGUCACUAGCGUCCUUUUGUCCCAGGCUAAGUGCUGUGUUUGAAAGCAUAGAGACCCUUCCUUUCUUCCUGGGCUUCCCGAGUGUACCCCCUGCCCCGCUGGCUGCCCUGCUCCUGUGAGCGCGGUAGUUAGGGGUCCUUUAAACAGGCCAGCAGGUGCUCAUGCUUCCUUCUCUGCCAGGUUUUUACCCAGCUCUUUAGGAGAUUCCGGCCAAUAAAUCUUUGUAAGCCCGUGACACACGUGUGUGCUCCUGAUGCUAACAUGGAAAGGUUCACGCAGAGUUGAUGCCUAGCCUGGCAUGGUGUCCAUCCAAGUGGGUGUCUCCGGGCACCUGCAGGGGGAGGCCAACCUGCUUCACUUUGCUGGCGCCUGCGGUCUGAGCUGAGGUCCAUCACACUUAAGAAACUUAGAGGUAACAUUGCGGAUGUUACAUGUGUUCUGUGAAUUGAAGGUGGUUACUUAAUUUGGGGAGCAGUCAUGAUGUCACAUGACAGGGCAGUUUUUAAAGACUGAAAAAGUGGGUUGGCUUGCUUCCCCUUUUGCCUCAGGCUGAUGGUUUAUUUUAAUCAUUAUUGUUGCCAUGGGGUCAGAGCUCCUAAUGACUAUGCAGGUGAUUAGCGAACAUGAGCACACUUCUGGUUUUAUAAUUUUUUAAAAAUAUCUACUUAUUGAUUUUUAGAGAGGAAAGGAGAAGGAUAGAGAGAUGGAAAUAUCGACGCGAGAGAAGCAUCGGCCGGCUGCCUUCUGUCUGCCACUCACAGGGAAUGGAGCCCACAACCUGGGUACGUCCCCAGACUGGGAAUCGAACCAGCAACUUCCUGGCCCAUGCGUCAUUGCUCACCCACUAAGCCACACCAGCUGGUUUUAUGAUUUCUGACCACAGAUCUAACACGUCUGAAUGCACCAAAUGCCACAGAUGAAUGCCCUGCCGUGGUCUUCAAGCGGGUAAUGUGGGAAAGUGGAAGUGUGAGCUCAUUCAGUUCAAGUCUAAGCCACUGAGUUUCCUAGUGAAUAGUCAUGUGUUUCUAAUAAGUGCCUCUCAUAUCUGGGGAGUUGUUUACAUACAAGUUGCAUUUAGACAAAUUAAAACAACCCAAAGGGAAACAAAGUAACCAAAAAGUUGAGAGAAUGUAAGAAGAAUGAGUUAGGCUUAGAUCAGGCAGUGGGGAAAGUUUUAACAUAAAAAUGAUCUACAAAAAUAUACCAGAAUUAUCUACAAUUGUUUACAUUUAGAUGGUUUCUCAAAACUUUACUGACUAAAUUGGCUGAAGGUUGAGUCGAUUAAGUUUGGGUGGCAUUGUGUGCUAAAGACAGAGAGAUGGGGAGAAGCUACUGUGGGCCUGUGACAGCUAACAGCUACAGGAAGACGUUCGGAGUGGUCCCAGGCCUCUUCCUUUCCAAAAAGACGUAAGACUUUCUACCUUCCACGGCAUAAACAUUGCCCAUUUAUGCUUUCUUUUAUGCUCACUUACUUGAUCAGCUAC